AUGAAGUUGAGCGUGUCCAUCUUUGUGCUGCUGGCGGUGUCGGCGUUCGGUGGUGGCAGCGCGGCGGCUGUAUCUGGCAAGUCGGAGGCGGCAGAAAUCGAAGCGGGCGAUCGACUGGAUGCACUUCGUGAUCAACUGCAGAGGUACGAGACGCCUAUUAUUCAGACGAUUCUUGCACGCUCUGCGUUGGGUGGGCGCGCGCCAUCCGAACAAGAUGAGGUGCGUGCGGCACUGUCUCGCAAUGCAUUCGAGCCGUCAGAGGUAAUCAGCGAGUGGCUGCAGACCGAGUCGGGAGCACGCUUCCGGUCGACGCGACCGUUGCCGCCUGCUGUCGAGUUCAUCACGCCCGUCGUCCUCUCGCGAGACACAGUGCUGGACAAACCAGUUGUCGGCAAAGGCAUCUUCCCGAUCGGUCGACGUCCGCAGGAUCCGACCAACAUGGACGAGUUCUUGGACACAUCUCUGCUGUCUCUCAACCAAUCGUCCACGGUGGAUCUCGCAUCCGCCGUCUCGCUCGACGUGAGCCUGCUCCAUCUCGUCUCGGCGCGUGUGCUGCUCGGCUAUCCGAUCGCGCUCGCUAAAUUCGACUGGCUCCACGACAACUUCUGCCACAUCCUCACCAACACUACUCUAUCGAAAUCCCAAAAACUCGCCAACAUCAUCCAACAACUUACCGACCACAAACAAGAAGUCAACGUACUCAGUCGUGUCGAGCAAAAGUCCAAGUCGCUCUCACACCUCUUCCGCAACGACAUCCCUUACCCUCCGCACACCCAAGACCGCAUCCUCAGACUCUUCCAAGCUUACCUCAUCCCCAUCACCACCCAAAUCGAAGCGGCCGCUAUCCUCGACCACGCCAACAAGUGCACCUAA